AUGAAACGAGAGCUCGGAUUCAUCAACUUGUCCCGAAAAGGAUGUGAUGUCGGUAGAGACUCAGACGACUAUUUCAAAUCGAGUCCACGCCCUGCUGGCAAAGAACUGCCUCCAAAUUACAAACUCAACCAGCAAUUCGGAUCCUGGAUCAAGUAUCCAGGAAGUGAAACGAUGUUGAUGGUGAAUCAUGAAUAUGCCGUUGAGGAAGCAGAUAAGCUCGUGAAAACGGGCCAGAUUGAUUUGGUAUCUUUUGGUAGGCCAUUCAUCUAUAACCGGAUCGUUUUAUUCGGGUAA